CCAGGAGCACCCGGACGAGAGCGGGCUGCUGUCACUUUAAAGCGUGACGCAGUUCAACUGGUGCCCCACUUUGUUGUGUGCGCCGCCGUCGCCGCCGAGGCAGCAGCAGUCUGCGGGAGCGAGCGGGGCUUGACGCUGCGUACGGCUCUGCCAGGGGGACGUCGGUGCUUCGCUGGGCCCUCACCAACAUGGAGUUUUUAAUGGGGAAUCCGUUCAGCACGGCGGUGGGACAGCGAAUCGAGAGUGCGACCAGCUCCAGCAUGCCAUCAGAAGACUGGGCCCUCAACAUGGAGAUCUGCGACAUGAUCAACAGCUCGGAAGAAGGACCUAAAGAUGCGGUCAGAGCCUUAAAGAAAAGGAUUGUGGGGAACAGGAACUUCAAGGAGGUCAUGCUGGCGCUCACUAUCCUGGAGACAUGCGUGAAGAACUGCGGCUACAAGUUUCACGUCCUGGUGACCACGCGGGAUUUUGUGGAGGGGGUUCUCGUCCGGUCGAUCAUCCCAAAAAACAACCCUCCCUUAGUCCUGCAUGACAGAGUGCUCAGCAUUAUCCAGGCGUGGGCUGAUGCGUUCCGUAGCUCGCCCGACCUGACGGGCGUGGUGUCCGUGUACGAAGACCUGCGGAGGAAGGGACUUGAGUUCCCCAUGACGGAGCUGGACGGCUACACGCCCGUCCAAGCCCCCCAAAAGCUUUCGCCUGGGAAUGGGCCUGCUGUCACUACUCUGCCCGCCGUGCUCCUCUCUUCCAAACUUCCACUAAUCCCACCGCUGACUUCCGAGCUAAAACUGGCCCUGGAGGGAAACAAUGCCUUCACUCCCAGACAGAUAAAACAGCUGAAGACGGAGCUAGGAGUGGUGCGAAGCAACCUGACUAUGAUGUCAGACAUGAUGACUCAGCUGGAUCCUGUCACGGUGAAACAAGCAGACAUGGAGCUGCUGGAGCAGUUAUACACAGUAUGUAAGGAAAUGCAAGACAGGAUUGUAAAGGUGGUCCCCAGACUCAGUGAGGAGAAGCUGAUCGAAGAGUUGCUGGCAGCUAACGAUGAGAUGAAUAGCGCCUUUACCCGCUACCACAGGUUUGGAAGACAAAUACCAAACGGUCAAAGCACAGCGGAGAAGAGUCACACUUACGUCAACCUGACGGACUUCGAUUUGACGCCUGAGUCCGUCAGCCAAUCAGGGGUCAGCUCACUCAGCAUGUCAAAAGCUGACAGUUUUUCCAGUCAGAUGGCAAAACUUAGUACAAGUGAAUCGGAAGACACGUUAUCACAGAAUAUAAAGGUCUCAACUCGACAAAUGCCAAGUGAGCAGAGUGAAGUGGCAGCGGACGGCCUGGCUCAGGCCCUGGACAGCCGACUAUGCAACGCUGUCGCGAUUCCUAUCAACCAGUCCACUGUAAUGGAUGACAUUGAGAAAUGGUUAGAGUUGGAUGAUGAGUAUGAUGACUUUGAAGAUUCAGACGGCGUGACCAGUGAAGAGUUUGACAAGUUUUUGGCAGGAAGAGCAAAAGCAGCCGAGCGCCUUCCGUCGGUGAGAGCGUCCUCGCAGGACACCAACCACUCCGAGUCUUAAGCUACGCUUGGAACCCGCCAAACUGACGGCAGUCAUGAAGCUCCCGCGCCCUCAGCUGAGAAAGGGACAUUUCUUCCCGGUGAAUGGGUUGAAGGGCACAUUUGACUUGGGAAACACUACCCAUAUCUAUGGUAACUGCUCUUUACUGAGCAGCAAGCGUGUGUCGUUUUUGUUUGUUUUUUUACUGAUAAAAAAAAAAAUGUGUUUGUUUUAUGAAGGGGCUGAGGUUUUUACUUGACAUUGUUAUGAGGGUUUGUCCAUGUGUGGAAUGCAAACAUUUGCACAUUUUAUAUAGUUACAUUCCUGCUGUUAAGAGGGGGUAUUGUUACAGAAGAUAACUUUUGCAACAUAGAUUAUGUAUUAUAUUGCUGUUCUAUAUAUAAAUAUAUAUAUAUAUUGUUAAACAUGAUUACAGAAAGCGCCCCUGUAAGUAGCAAACACUGUUAGCUUGUAUGUAAGAGAAAGCUCGGCUGUUGCAUAAUUAAAUAAUUGGAUGAUUCACAUCCUUAUUGAUGUAGUAGAAUAUCAAGGAAAACUGGAAUGAUGGUUGUUGUAGUUUUUCUUCUUUUUUACAUCCAACAUUCCCUUGUGAAGAUGUUUUACUUGAAGUUUAACAGGAAGUCAUGACAAAUUGUCAUAUUAAACGUAAACUAUUAACUGGAA